CUGUCAUAACUGAACGCUUAUCGCCUCAACUCAUCGGGCGUUUACAUUUUAAAAUAACUUCGUUGAUUAGAAAGGGAUCUGCUUUUGUUUGGCGUCAGAAUAAGCAGCUGACUUAAAAUCUUUACUUGAUUCGGACAUUAACCCAUCGGCUCGGCUCAACCGGUUCAUCCGAUUCAAUGAAAAGAUUCAGAUGAACGACUGGCUCAUAAAACGGACGUUGCUAAUGCACUAGUGCCUACAGAUUUUGGAGUAAAAUGUCUGGAGUUGGAAAUCGUCAGCUGAUUGUCAUGGGGAUUAUAAUAAUUAUGCUUUCAGUUGUAAAUGCACAAACGUGCACUGACACCAUUGCCGAUGGCCUCUAUCGCAGUUUUCUUGGUAAGACAAAUUCUACUCUAAACCAAGCAGAGCUCAACUCUUCCUCAUUAUCCAUCUCAGAAGAGGCUGUUCUCUUUCUCAAAGGCCUGCUGGUCACACACAUCAUGCCCUUGUUCUGCAUCUUCGUCAUCCUCAUUAGUUUGCCCCUGAACGCUUUGGCCUUAGUGACGUUCACCUGUAAGAUUCGAGUGAAGAAACCAGCGGUGAUCUACAUGUCUCACCUGGCGUGUGUGGACCUGCUCUUCACCCUGCUGCUGCCUCUGAAGAUCCACUACCAGCUGAACGCUUCAGAUUGGGUGUUCGGUGAGGUGGCGUGUCGUGUGAUCAGCGCAGCUUACUACUGCUACAUGUACUGCUCCAUACUGCUGAUGAUGUGCAUGAGUGUGGACAGACUGCUGGCCGUGGCGCUUCCCAUUGCCUCUCUACCCUGGAGGAGCGUAAGGAAAGCCACCUGCGUAUGUGUGCUGGUCUGGCUGCUGGCGCUCGCUGGUACGGUGCCACUUCUCUCGAUGAGACAAACGGCUAAUAUUAAGGAUGUAGGCGUCACUUGUCAUGACGUACUGCACCAUGACCCUACAGUGCUGUAUUAUGUGUACCUGUUCUCCAUCCUCUCCUGCCUCUACUUCUUCUUGCCACUCCUCGUCACCUUAGUGAGCUACUUUACUAUAAUAUAUGUGCUCAGUGUAAAGUCUUAUCGCUUAGCAACAUCAUCAUCAUCAUCUUCAGACAAUCGAAGGAGAGCUGUGAUUAUGGCUAUCGCCGUGCUGAUGGAGUUUGUGGUGUGUUUUGCUCCAACCAAUGGCAUCCUGUUUUACCACUGUGUUCGUUUAGCUGGAGGAAACAGCGGGGAGGGAGAUUCAUCAUAUGCUGCUUACCUGGUGGCUGUGUGUUUGGGGAGCGCAAGUGUUUUUCUAGACCCUCUUCUGUACUACUACGGCUCGUCUCAGUGCAGACAGAAGAUCAGAUCUGUGUUGAGGAGGGAAAAGGCAAAAAAGCCAAUUACACCAAGUAACACGCAUAAAAAAACCACAUCUGUCACUCAAACCAUGCUUGCAGUAAAGUGUGAAGUUUAAAAAAAACUGAUCAGGAAUGUGGUUUUCCUAAUUGCCAGUUUCAGUAUAUUUCAGUAUAUAUAUUAUGUACACUAUAUUGCCAAAAGUAUUGGGACACCCCUACAAAUCAUUGAAUUCAGGUGUUCCAAUCACUUCCAUGGCCACAGGUGUAUAUUAAGCACCUAGGCAUGCAGACUGUGAAAGAAUGGGUCGCUCUCAGGAGCUCAGUGAAUUCAAGCGUGGUACCGUGAUAGGUUGCCACAUGUGCAAUAAGUCCAUUCGUGAAAUUUCCUCACUACUAAAUAUUUCACGGUCAACUGUUAGUGGUAUCAUAACAAAGUGGAAGCAAUUGGGAACAGCAGCAACUCAGCCACGAAGUGGUAGGCCAUGUAAAAUCACAGAGCGGGGUCAGCGCAUGAUGAGGCGCACAGUGCACAGAAGAUGCCAACUUUCUGCAGAGUCAAUAGCUACAGACCUCCAAACUUCGUGUGGCCUUCAGAUUAGCUCAAGAACAGUGCGUAGAGAGCUUCAUGGAAUGGGUUUCCAUGACCGAGCAGCUGCAUCCAAGCCUUAUAUCACCAAGUGCAAUGCAAAGCGUCGGAUGCAGUGGUGUAAAGUACACCGCCACUGGACUCUAGAGCAGUGGAGACGUGUUCUCUGAAAUGACAAAUCACGCUUCUCUGUCUGGCAAUCCGAUGGAUGAGUCUGGGUUUGGCAGUUGCCAGGAGAACGGUACUUGCCUGACUGCAUUGUGCCAAGUGUAAAGUUUGGUGGAGGGGGGAUUAUGGUGUGGGGUUGUUUUUCAGGGGUUGGGCUUGGCCCCUUAGUUCCAGUGAAAGGAGCUCUUAAUGCUUCAGCAUACCAAGACAUUUUGGACAAUUUCAUGCUCCUAACUUUGUGGGAACAGUUUGGGGAUGGCCCCUUCCAACAUGACUGCGCACCAGUGCACAAAGCAAGGUCCAUAAAGACAUGGAUGAGCAAGUUUGGUGUGGAGGAACUUGACUGGCCUGCACAGAGUCCUGACCUCAACCCGAUAGAACACCUUUGGGAUGAAUUAGAGUGGAGACUGCGAGCCAGGCCUUCUCGCCAACAUCACUGCCUGACCUCACAAAUGCGCUUCUAGAAGAAUGGUCAAAAAUUCCCAUAAACACACUCCUAAACCUUGUGGAAUGUUGAGGCUGUUAUAGCUGCAAAGGGUGGGCCAACUCCAUAUUAUACCCUAUGGAUUAAGAAUGGGAUGUCAUUAAAGUUCAUGUGCACGUAAAGGCAGGCUAGGCUUUUAAUAUACUAUCUCUGUAUUUAAAAAACGUAUUUAGGUACUACUUAUAGUACAUUUGAACCCAUAGUGUACUACAAGUAGUAUCUAAAUAAAUUUUUUAAAUACAGAGAUAGUAUAUUAAAAGCACAUUUUAGUUCAUAUUUCAUGGUGUCUCAAAAUAGUACAGUUGAGUACACUUAGAUGUUCUUAAGAUUAUCUUAAGAAGUACUAAAGAAGAAUUUUUAGUAUAUUAAGUACAAAUUAGUGCACAAAAAUAGAGCACUUUAAGUACAUUAUAGAAAUGUACUUUUUUUUCAUUUGGGAUGAUACAGUUACAAUACCCCCCCACACACACACACACACCCACACCCACACCACACACAUUCCUGUCCCACCCCCUUUUUAAAACAAAGUUACGCCACUGGUUCAUAGAUAUAUAUAGAUAUGUACUGCUAAGUUUUACUUCCUAAAAUAUAGUCAGUGUUUCUUUCAACAAAAACACUCAUAAGGGCUUUUCACACUGCCCUUAACUGGGGGUUAUCGUCAUUCUAAACACUGCUUUUAACCCUGGGUAAAGGAACAUCUCACACUUGUAAUUCAGAAACGGGUUAGCACCGCUCUUUUGUGGUGUUAACCCCGCAUUGCGGUGCCAAACUUGUACAGUGUGCGGUGUUAGAAUGUUAUGCUAGACGCAUAGCAACAGACAACCAAUCUUGUGCCUCAUAUUCACGUGCUUUGGACAGUCACGGAAACACCACGCAUUGUAUAUAAACAGUAAAUUCAGUGUUUGUGGGGGAAAAUGUCAAAUGCUGACAGAAAACGUGACAAUUUGAGUGAUGAAGAGACCGUUUCAUUCUUACCUUUAGAUUCCGAAAUGUCCAUUCAGUAUAAACUCGAUAGUACAGUCAGCAGGAUGCGCAAUGCUAAAGCUAUGUAAACAGGUCGCGUGCUGCGUUUAUCCAAUCAAUGACACUGACACCGCAAAUAUGCAAAUAAGAAUGUUAACCCAGGGUUUAGGAAUGUACAAUGUGAAACGUCAGUUUAUGAAAACCCAGAAUUAACUGAUAACCCCAGGUAAAUUAUGAGCAGUGUGAAACGUGAAGCAAGAUAACCCAGGAUUCCAUUUACCCAGGGUGUGAAAGCCCUAUAUUUUUUUGUAGUAUUUUUACUACAGCAGGUUGUUUUUGCAAUUGUACUGUUAAGACUUCUAUGUGAAAAUGGCUGGUGAUUGUAGUUCACACUGUCAUUCUUUUGAGAACAAUCUUGCUGCAUUCUGACAAAGCACUGAUAAUGUAACAUGAGGAAAUAUUUCACUGUGUGAAAUAGUAGAAGUCCAUGUAAGGAGGGAAAAAAAGAGAAAAUACUUGCCAAGAGAGCAAAAAUGUUUUGUUUGUAAAUGUAUAUCAAAUAUAUGUCAUCAAAAUGUCGAGCUGUAAUUACUUAAUUAAAAAUCGUACUAUUGUUAUA